UUUGGUUGUGUGAAACACUUCUUUGGGCCUCAUAAACAACCACAGAACCACAAGUUGGGUACAGAGGCAGUCACACAAGAGCGGGUCCGGGAUAUUGGUCAGCAGGCAGGGCAAAUCGCUUUGACUGCAAACCACAGAGUUUCGUAGAGUGGUAGAAGAAAUCAUAUAUUCCUUCACUGUAAAGAGAAAGUGAGUUUUAAAGAGGAAACAAUGGCUUCAAACAGCGUAUUUGAUUCACUUCCUUCUUACCAGCACUUCUUGAGAGAUACCAGCACCAGCCGCCGCUUCACGCCGCCCUCCACCGCGCUGAGCCCGGGGAAGAUGAGCGAGCCGCUGCCGCUGCCCGGCGCCGAGCACAGCGGAGCGCUGGCGGGGAAGCUGCGCGCCGCCGACCGCAGCAUGGUGGAGGUCCUGGCGGACCACCCCGGGGAGCUGGUGCGCACCGACAGCCCCAACUUCCUCUGCUCCGUGCUGCCCACCCACUGGCGCUGCAACAAGACGCUGCCCAUCGCCUUCAAGGUGGUGGCCUUGGGAGAUGUACCCGAUGGGACGCUGGUCACGGUGAUGGCUGGAAACGAUGAGAACUACUCUGCAGAACUCAGAAAUGCAACGGCUGCCAUGAAAAACCAAGUGGCGAGGUUCAACGACCUCAGAUUUGUGGGUAGAAGUGGAAGAGGGAAAAGCUUCACACUGACUAUCACAGUCUUCACGAACCCACCACAAGUAGCCACGUACCACAGAGCCAUCAAGAUAACAGUGGAUGGACCUCGCGAACCCAGAAGACAUCGUCAGAAACUAGAUGAGCAGACAAAGCCCGGGAGCUUGUCCUUUUCAGAGCGCCUGAGUGAACUGGAGCAGUUGCGUCGUACGGCCAUGAGGGUCAGCCCACACCACCCAGCCCCCACACCCAACCCACGAGCCUCCUUGAACCACACCACUGCUUUUAACCCUCAGCCUCAGAGUCAGAUUCAGGACACGAGGCAAGUGCAGCCGUCCCCGCCGUGGUCCUACGACCAGUCCUACCAGUACCUGGGCUCCAUCGCGACCCCCUCAGUGCACCCUGCCACGCCGAUAUCGCCUGGCAGGGCCAGCGGCAUGACGUCCCUCACCGCAGAGCUUUCCAGCCGCCUCUCAGGUGCUUCUGACUUGACGGCAUUCAGUGACCCCAGAGUGGGGAUCGACCGUUCCUUCUCCGCGCUCCCUUCCAUUUCUGAUCCUCGGAUGCACUACCCAGGAGCGUUCACCUACACGCCAACACCCGUCAGUUCGGGGAUAGGGAUCGGUAUGUCUGCUAUGUCCACGGCCACCAGAUACCACACUUACCUCCCACCUCCAUACCCCGGCUCCUCUCAGGCCCAAGGCAGCCCAUUUCAGACCAGCUCACCUUCGUACCACCUCUACUACGGAGCCUCUGCCGGAUCCUAUCAGUUCUCCAUGAUCUCAGGAGGAGACCGGUCCCCCCCGCGCAUCCACCCCCCUUGCACCAAUGCUUCCACAGGAUCGACACUCCUCAACCCCAACCUUCCCAACCAAAGCGAUGUGGUUGAGGCAGAAGGGAGCCACAGCAACUCCCCAACCAACAUGGGUACCACUGCAAGGCUAGAGGAAGCGGUUUGGAGGCCAUACUGAAUGCAUUUUAAGUAGUCGUGGGCCAGGACUAACGUGCUUUCGAUUUACCGAUGCCUGUAGGUAUCCCAUAAACACCUGUCUUGCUUGUGGGCCCUGCCAUGUUCAUACAUCACUUCCAGAAGCAAACUCUCCAGAAGUCAGCGGUCCCAGGAGCAGUGGCACGUGUUGGGCCAGCUGUGGGGCUGAUGAAGUGAUGCCACGCCAGCAAGGUACCCCCCGGGGGGCUGAGCUUCUGGAAAGAAGGACAUUCAGGUUGGUGGCCUGUAGGUAGUGAGGGUGGGUAGGAAGAUAUCCAGGCUGUUUCCAGGCCUGUGGCUUUCAAACAUGCCCAGGUUUGAAGGUCUCCACAGCCCUAAAGAGAGUUUCAGUUCACUUCUGUUUUUAAGACUUAAGACCUAACAGAAACUUAAUGAGUUUACUGCAUCUUAUGGACAUAUUAACUAUAAGGAAGUAUAGGAAGAUUCCCAGAGGGAAACUGUGAACGCUUCUGUUUUAGCAAUGCUGUGAAUGAGAGGUUUUAUAUGUUGGACUUCAGUCUUUCCUUUUUGUUUUUUUUUAACCAUGUUGUAUAUUCCAAAGAAUAUGGAAUGUUUUAUUGCUGGGGUUUUUUUUUUUUGGUUUGGGUUUGUUUAUUUUUUUAAAGGAUGCAACUCAUCCUGCUUUGCAUCUAAUUUGUUUAAUUUCUCUUGGCACCUUAUAAAUCGCAAAACAAAAGAGAUUUUACUUUUUGACGUUGUUUUAAUCACGCUUGCUUCUUUCUUGCUUUGUCAACUGAAAGAAUCAGCCCCUUUUUCAAUGAGUUAAUUUAACUUUUUUUCUCUUGGACUUUUUUUUAAUACAACGGCUACAGCCUUGGGUCAUUUUCAACUACUGUACUACUUUGAUGAGUUCAUUGAUAUUUAUGCUUGAUAUUUAGACUUUUCUUAUUUGUUGAUACUAUUAUUAUUUAAAUAUGCCUAUAUUAAAAAGAUCAGCAAUUGCCUUUUUUGGUAGCAGCCAAAGUCAAAUUUAUCACAUUGAAAAAGGCUGGAAUAACGAUGGGUAAAGUGACUUCCUAAUUACCUAGAAAUAUUGUUUACAAUUAUCUCCCUUUCAUUUUACUCAGCUAAGUGAGUCCAGAGUCUCAGAGCUGUUUAGAUGCCCCACUCCCGCUGAAACAAUUGAGGCGUCAGAGUCCCCAUGAAGGCAGUGUGCCUUCCUCCUCAGUGGAAUUGUCUCUCCGCACCCCUUCCUCAUUUUUCCUUCAUCACCAGUGGUGACACUCAGGAUCAGUACUCAGGAGGUACCUAUAUCAUAAGGCAGACUUUUAUACUCCCUCAACUACAUGAGUCCCCAUACAGCCCUGUUCUGUGCUGAGCUUCCCUCGGCUUCCUAAACAACUCUGCUAGAGGCCUCAUAGUCUUUCAAAUCAAAAGCCAACACAUAGUUAGCAUGGCAGGAGUGAAGUGAAGAAGACUCUGAUAGAGUCAGUGUGAGACUUGCUCCCAGCUCAACGGAGCCAAGAUUUCUGUGCAGUACAAGAGCCAUGUUCCAGUGUACUGGAAAACAGAUCAAUUCAUGCAUCACAAAAUAACUCAGACUGAACAGAGUCAAGUUCAUCUGGAAAGCAGGCCAGAAAAGAAGGGGCCUUAAUGGUUCUUCCAUCACCGUAUCUUGAGGGAAGAGGAAGGAGAUUUAAAACCCAUGCGCAAACUAUUUGGUCCUGUAGCAAAUAUGCACAGCCUGUACUAGGAGCAUGUUAAUACAGAGUUGUCAUCAUUGCCCAUCGUUACAGCACAAACAUAUCAGAUGUCACUGUAAAGUUUAUGGCACUAUUUUAUUUGAGGGUUUGGUCUGAACGCAGCUGUUGUACUACUCAUUAAUUACAGACUGCUGAUGUUGACAAGUGUGCGUUCCAAAUGAUCCGAUUAUUAUUUAAUGUACGUCUUAAAUGAGUGAAACAAUUGCAGGUCAACUCAGAGAGUAUUUGAAAGCAGGACUUCAGAUCAGUGUUUGAUGUUUAAAAAAAAAAAUUAAAAGGAUUCAAAUUAAAAAGAUCCUUGGCUGCAGGCAGCAGAACAGCUGGACUUAUUUAAAACCAUUUGUUUUUCAAGUUUUCUUUUUUUUAUAUAUGAUUUUGCUUCUUUGUUUAAGUCAGAUGCAGUAGCACUUUGGUAUUGAAAAGUUACAAAUUGAAGAACUUGCAUUGUCGACAAGGUCAUUUUUGUGCAGAAAAAAGGGAGUGUUUCAAGAGAUCUCAGCAAAAGUUCAAAAUGGUUCUGCCAAAAUACAUACAUGGCCUCGUGCUUUUAUUUAGCAUAAUAUAAUUUAUCAUUUUCUAGAGUUUGCUCUGAUCAAAAAAGGCAGAAAGCAUCAAAACCAAUAUUAGAACACUUAAAAAUGCAUUUUGGAAGUACGGAGACCUUGCUGAAUAUGGAAAUAGAGAGACCCUACCUGCUGUGGCAUUUUACAUAGUUGGAAUCUCACCUCAUCAGUAGCCUAAAAAAAGUCCUUCCUCACUUAACAGUAGCUCUGUUGCAGAAUCCGUUUUACGCCUUCUCUGUCACCAUGCAGUUUAAAUCCCCACUGAGCACAGCUUUCACGUCUGCCUUGUGACUGGACCACCCAAGUGCGUAGUACUGCGAGCGGGAACCCGAAGGUGAGGGCGAGGAACUGCAGAGGAGCCGCAGGCCUCCCCACAGGGCACAGCUGCCGGUGGCCGGGUGACUCCAGCCCAGUGGCAGAGGUGAGGCUUCUGUGGUCAGGACUCUCCCAUGUCAGUCUCUCCCCACAGCCACCACUGCUCUCCGCCAAAGAUUUUGCCUGUUUAAGCCCAUAGUGUUGUACUAUCCCCUCCUGAAACUAAGGCAUCAGGGAGGGGAAGGCCGCAUCUGCCAGCCCAGCAGUCAGGCCUAAUGUUUAACAUCUCUUAUGGUUAUACAUCUACUUUCUUCAUACCUGCCCUGAAGUGGAAGUUUAAUUUUACGCUCCCUGGUGUGAACAGUUGGAGAAAGUGUGGAGCUGGUCACAGCACCAACCCCUUUUCUGAAACACAACCAAAACAUGGGAAUUCCCACCUCCUCACCCGCGAUCACUGCCAGCAACUCCUGAGUCUAUACCUCUCUGUGCACGUCAAACACAGAACAAUGCAGUGCCCCGCUUACAGAGGAAAAUCUAAGUUUAUUAUCCCCUGCAAUUAGUCUGUUUAAUCACCGUGGGCUACAGUGUAUUCACACAAGUGCUUAUGAGACACCACAGUUUACUCAAAUCUCUAUUUUUGUAGCCAUCCCCUGUCCCGCUCAGGACAGCAAAGAUCUCUGAGGCUGUAAAGAUGCUCUUGUGUCAUUCCUCUCAUAUCUAAACAGCACUUGGCAGGCAGAAAGAGGACAGUUAGGUAAAACACUUCCCCCAUUCACAUGCCUCCAAAUUAUAGUGUAUGAGUAUAUAUUUUUAUAUGUAAUAUAUAUAUAUUUAUAUAGUUUUAUCAUCCCAGUUGCUGAAUGGAAUAGCACGGUUGUGCUUCCCUUUGCAAGUCGCAGUCAGCAGAGUGCCUUAGGCUCCUUUCCCUACCGACAUGCAGUUAGUGGCAGUCCCUACUAUCAACUUGUGUGUUCCUCUCACAAGACACAGCUUGUUGUCCAGAGGCAGCCUCGUCGAGCAAUUCCAAAGUAAACAUAGGGCCGAACUCCUGUUUGCAUUAAGACCCCUUACUUUGCUCUCAGCAAUUCUGCUCACUUCCAGAGUUCUCGUUUGGCUUCCAGAGCAAAGUCAAGGAGCUUUAGUGCAAGAGGAGGCAGACACAGGGAGCGUUGCCGCUACUAAGGAUUUUACUUGCAGAAUUAUGCCAAAUAAACUUCUGGAAAGGAGAAAAACGGUUUCCUCCAAAUGGCCCACAGUCUUUGUCAGAGUGUUCCGAAUUGCCUGCGCUCUUGAAACAUUCGUUACUGCUUUCUGGAUGACCUUCUCCAUUUGUGUAUUUGAAGAUUCAGGAUAAAUGGAUCAUUUUCGAUUUGGGCAGAACACUUUCUUGCUUUCCUGCAUUGUUAACAUUCUCAUAUUUUAUUUUUGUUAACCUUGCUUGGUCAGUACUGAUCACUUGGCAUUUUUCUCCUUGUCCUAAGAGGGUUGCAUCGACAGAGUUACUUGUAUUUAUGUAUGUAAAUAGAUUUCAAAAGCUUCAUAGCGAAAUAUUUAGUGCUUGUAAUUACUCCGCUUUUUAUUUUCAUUUUUUCUGUGUUUUUAAUGAACUUACCUUUGUUUGCUUAAAUACUGUAGUGAGACUUAUUUCUUUCCAAAUUAGUUAUUUUAGGCUUCGAGAUUAACUACAUUUUAUUCACUUUUGUAAACAGUUAUAGCAUGGUCUCUAUUCAACACUCUUCACUUUUUUUGUGGUAGGGGAGAAAUGAAUGUGCAAAAAUCUGUGGGCUAUUUGUGGUAUCCUGGGUAUGACAGUUACACACUUUCUUUCAAACAAAAACCAAACUUUCAGUCUGAGGGGGCGGCAUGGCAAGUCAGAGGGGAGGACACAGUGGGAGACGCACUCCUAUCAGGACGGCAUCAAAGCAUGUUCAUUCGGCAUUUACUGGAUCUGUUUACAAACCAGAUGCGACAGCAUACUGGAACAGUCACAUUUUCCUUUGACACUGUCAUGCUGAACAUUUCCAGAAGGGGAAACUACCAGGUUCUGGAAGUUUGCUUUUUUGUUUUUGAUCACAGGGGAUUUUUCUUCAGGGGGUAGGAAGUGGGGGGCUGCUGUUUUUUGGAGUCAGAUAGGAAAAGAGAAUAGAGUAGAUUUUUCCCCUGCUACAGAAAGUUUCUAGAUACCACAUCAGAGUAGACUCUUGCUGUACAUACGGAUGGCUGUGUCCAGUGCCACGGGAAAACUCAUUACAACUAGCACGCAGAGCAGCUGGACUGCUGCGUUAGUUCUAAUGAAGACUUUCUUUCUUUCUUUGUACCACAGUUUCCUCUGUAAAUUCAAUAUCAUAAUUAGUGUGAAUGACAAAUAAAACGUUUGACAAGUA